GACGUCAAUUGCUCCGCGUUGGCCUGGACGUGGCACCGAGGAGGAGCUGCGCCCACAGACCGCUCUUCUCAGCCUGUUCUGCGUCAGUUUCCCGGCUUCUGACAGCAGCUUCUUCGGACUGAAGACCCCCAUCCUCCACCGCCAGGUUCUCCCGCCCCUCUGCUCCAACGGAAUCCCGUUCAACAUGGGUCUGACCAUCUCAUCUCUCUUCUCCAGGCUGUUCGGGAAGAAGCAGAUGAGGAUACUGAUGGUGGGUCUGGAUGCAGCCGGAAAAACCACCAUCCUGUAUAAACUGAAGCUCGGAGAAAUCGUCACCACCAUCCCAACUAUUGGUUUCAACGUGGAGACUGUGGAGUACAAAAAUAUCUGCUUCACAGUCUGGGACGUUGGUGGUCAGGACAAGAUCAGACCUCUUUGGAGACACUACUUCCAGAACACACAGGGUCUGAUCUUCGUGGUGGACAGCAACGACAGGGAGAGAGUCGCUGAGUCAGCGGAGGAGCUCUCCAAGAUGAUCCAGGAAGACGAGUUAAAGGAGGCGGUGCUUCUGGUGUUUGCAAACAAACAGGAUCUUCCCAACGCCAUGGGGGUCAGUGAACUCACCGACAAACUGGGCCUGCACAGCCUGCGCAGCAGAACCUGGCACGUUCAGGCCACCUGUGCCACUCAGGGUACUGGUCUUUAUGAAGGUCUGGAUUGGUUAUCCAAUGAGCUGUCGAAACGCUAGGUCAGCUGACAGGAAACAGGAAGUAGCAGACUGAUGUCACCGUGUACAGACUGAGGAGGAAGAGGAGGAGGAGCCUUUCACAGGACUGGUUCUGGGUUCUUUGAGGGUUUUCUUUUUCAUUUUAUUUUUUUUUAAAUUAUAAAUGUGUGUCUGUAGGAGGAAGUGAUGUCAUGGACACUGAGCUCACCUGGUUUCCCAUCAUCCUCUUCUUCUUUUGCAGGUGUUUGUUAGAUUGAUUUGUUCUCUUUUAAUCCGCAUGUUUUAGCUCCAGAUCAUGUGAUGGGAAAAGAGGGGCGGGGCUUAUGAUGGGUGACAGUUACCUAUGAGUUGAGGAGGCGGGGCUUGUGGCAGGUAACGGUUACCUGGUCAUCUGAUGACUCAUUCCACAGAGCCGAACCUGACGGCCUCGUUAUUCCUCAUUAAUGUGAAGAAGAAGAAACGCAGAGAUGGUCGUGAUGCAAUAAAGUUUGUUUUUCUUCUCA